UCCAACUGCGCCACGGGGCGGAGCGGCCCCCCCAGCCCCGGCCUGGGAGAGGGGGGGCCCGCUCGACCCUCGGGAGACCUUGGGGACCCUAAUCACCUGGGAUCCCCCAGAACCAGGUUCCCCCCAGGCACCAUGCCAGCCCCAUAACACUACCCACUCCACUGUGGUCUGCUGCACCCCACUGCUGGGGCACUGUUCUAAUGAGACAGGGCACACCAAACUCCAUCUGCCGGGCUGUUACUGAGGCGGAGACACGGGUGAUGAUUGGCUUUCCGGGGAGAGAGGAAGUCCUGUGAUUGGCCAGAUCUCUGAAGCUCGCCCGACGCGUAAGAGGACGCUCCCACCGAGGCGGGAAUUGGCUGUGAAAGGCUAGGGGCUGCCAUCUGGGUACAGUGGGCACUCUUGUCAGAGCGGCUGGAGCCGGACCAUCCUCCCAGCUUCCCAGAGAGCUGGGGCAGGGGGCCGUGCCCGAUCUCCAGGGCUCCUGGGGCCACUGCUGACCUGGCUGGAUGCAUCGGGCAGUGGACCCUCCAGGGGCCCGCACUGCACGGGAAGCCUUUGCCCUUGGGGGCCUGAGCUGUGCUGGGGCCUGGAGCUCCUGCCCGCCCCAUCCCCCUCCUCGAGGCGCAUGGCUGCCUGGAGGCAGAUGCUCAGCCAGCAUCGGGCAACCCCCACUCCCUGCUCCCCUACCUACUUCGCAUGGCAGUAGCUCUGGACAUCCCAACAAACCAUACUAUGCUCCAGGGACACCCACCCCAAGACCCCUCCAUGGAAAGCUGGAAUCCUUGCAUGGAUGUGUGCAGGCAUUGCUCCGGGAGCCAGCCCAGCCAGGACUGUGGGAACAGCUUGGGCAGCUGUACGAGUCAGAACAUGACAGUGAGGAGGCUAUACGUUGCUACCACAGCGCCCUUCGAUAUGGAGGAAGCUUCUCUGAGCUGGGGCCCCGCAUUGGGCGACUACAGCAGGCUCAGCUCUGGAACUUUCAUGCUGGCUCCUGCCAGCACAGAGCCAAGAUCCUUCCUCCUCUGGAGCAAGUGUGGAACUUGCUGCACCUUGAGCACAAGCGGAACUAUGGAGCUAAGCGAGGGGGUCCGCCUGUGAAGCGAGCUGCCGAACCCCCAGUGGUGCAGCCUAUUCCUCCUGCAGCACUUUCAGGACCCUCAGGGGAGGAGGGCCUCAGCCCUGGAGGCAAGCGUAGAAGAGGCUGCAGUUCUGAACAGACUGGCCUUCCCCCAGGGCUGCCACUGCCUCCACCACCAUUACCACCACCACCACCACCACCACCCCUGCCUGGCCUGGCUACGAACCCUCCAUUUCAGCUGACCAAGCCAGGGCUAUGGAGUACCUUGCAUGGAGAUACCUGGGGCCCCGACCGCAAGAGUUCAGCACCCCCAGAGCGCCAGGAACAGCGGCACUCGCUGCCUCACCCAUAUCCAUACCCAGCUCCAGCCUACACUGCGCACCCCCCCAGCCACCGGCUGGUCCCGGCCACACCCCCAGGCCCCAGCCCCCGCCCCCCAGGAGCAGAGAGCCAUGGCUGCCUGCCUGCCACCCGUCCCCCCGGAAGUGACCUUAGAGAGAGCAGAGUUCAGAGGUCGCGGAUGGACUCCAGCGUUUCACCAGCAGCAACUACCGCCUGCGUGCCUUACGCCCCUUCCCGGCCCCCUGGCCUCCCCAGUACCACCAGCAGCAGCAGUAGCAGCAGCAGCAGCAACACCGGUCUUCGGGGUGUGGAGCCCAGUCCAGGCAUUCCUGGCGCUGACCAUUACCAAACUCCUGCGCUGGAGGUCUCCCCUCACCAGGGUCGCCUAGGGUCCUCGGCACACAACAGUCGAAAACCGUUCUUGGCAGCUCCUGCUGCCACUCCCCACCUGUCCCUGCCACCUGGGCCCUCCUCUUCCCCUCCACCCCCCUGUCCCCGCCUCUUACGCCCACCCCCACCCCCUGCCUGGCUGAAGGGCCAGGCUUGCCGGACAGCCCGAGAGGAUGGAGAGAUCUUAGAAGAGCUCUUCUUUGGGGCUGAGGGGCCCCCUCGCCCUCCCCCACUUCCCCACCGAGAGGGCUUCUUAGGGCCUCCAGCCCCCCGCUUUUCUGUGGGCACUCAGGAUUCUCACACCCCUCCCACUCCCUCAACCACCAGCAGUAGCAGCAGCAGCAGCAACAAUGGCAGCCACAGCAGCAGCCCUACUGGGCCUGUGCCCUUCCCCCCACCUUAUCUGGCCAGAAAUAUGGACUCCCUUCCCCGGCCACCCAGCCCAACAUUAAGCCCCCAGGACCCACCUAUUGCACCCCUGACUCUUGCCCUGCCUCCAACCCCUCCCUCCUCCUGCCACCAAAAUACCUCAGGAAGCUUCAGGCGCUCGGAGAGCCCCCGGCCCAGGGUCUCCUUCCCAAAGACCCCCGAGGUGGGGCCAGGGCCACCCCCAGGCCCCCUGAGUAAAGCCCCCCAGCCUGUGCCUCCUGGGGUUGGGGAGCUGCCUGCAAGAGGCCCACGACUCUUUGAUUUUCCCCCAACCCCGCUGGAGGACCAGUUUGAGGAGCCAGCUGAGUUCAAGAUUCUACCCGAUGGGCUGGCUAACAUCAUGAAGAUGCUGGAUGAAUCAAUUAGAAAGGAGGAGGAGCAGCAGCAGCAGGAGGCAGGCGUGGUCCUCCCACCCCCGCUGAAGGAACCCUUUGCAUCUCUGCAGCCUCCAUUCCCCAGCGACACAGUCCCAACCACCACUGCUGCCACAGCUGCUGCCACCACCACCACUACCACAACCACCACCACCACCACCACCCAGGAAGAGGAGAAGAAGCCACCACCAGCCCUGCCACCACCACCCCCCCUAGCCAAGUUCCCUCCACCUCCCCAGCCACAACCGCCACAGCCCCCACCACCCCCACCAGCCAACCCAGCCAGCUUGCUCAAAUCCUUGGCUUCUGUGCUGGAGGGACAAAAGUACUGUUAUCGGGGGCCUGGAACAGCUGUUUCCACCCGACCUGGGCCCUUGCCCACCACUCAGUAUUCCCCUGGUCCCCCAUCAGGUGCUACCGCCCCGCCACCCACCUCAGUGGUCCCUAGCGCCCAGGGCUCCCCACAGCCCUCUGCUUCCUCGUCAUCUCAGUUCUCUACCUCAGGCGGGCCCUGGGCCCGGGAACGCAGGGCUGGUGAAGAGCCAGCUCCCGGCCCGGUGACCCCUGCCCAGCCGCCCCUACCCCUGCCACUGCCCCCUGCUCGCUCUGAGUCUGAGGUGCUAGAAGAGAUCAGUCGGGCUUGUGAGACCCUUGUGGAGCGGGUGGGCCGGAGUGCUAUCAACCCAGUGGACACAGCAGACCCAGUGGACAGUGGAACUGAGCGACUGAUGCCUUCUGCACAGACCAAGGAGGAAAGUGGUGGGGUGGUGGCUGUGGUUGCAACAGGACCAGGCAGUGGCAAGCGGCGGCAGAAAGAACACCAGAAGGAGCACCAGAAGGAGCAUCGUAGGCACAGGAGAGCCUGUAAGGACAGUGUGGGUCGGCGGCCCCGUGAGGGGAGGGCCAAAGCCAAGACCAAGACCCCCAAAGAAAAGAGCCGCCGGGUGCUAGGGAACCUGGACCUGCAGAGCGAGGAGAUCCAGGGUCGGGAGAAGGCCCGUCCUGAUCUUGGUGGGUCAUCCAAGGCCAAGCCACCCACAGCUCCUGUCCCUCCGCCAACUCCUGCUCCCUCUGCCCAACCCACACCCCCGUCAGCCUCUGUCCCUGGAAAGAAGACUCGAGAGGAAGCUCCAGGGCCCCCAGGUGUCAGUCGUGCUGACAUGCUAAAGUUGCGCUCACUUAGUGAGGGGCCCCCCAAGGAGCUGAAGAUCCGGCUCAUCAAGGUAGAAAGUGGUGACAAGGAGACCUUCAUAGCCUCUGAGGUAGAAGAGCGGCGAUUGCGCAUGGCGGACCUCACCAUUAGCCACUGUGCUGCUGAUGUCGUGCGUGCCAGCAAGAAUGCCAAGGUAAAAGGGAAGUUUCGAGAGUCCUACCUUUCCCCUGCCCAGUCUGUGAAACCGAAGAUCAACACUGAGGAGAAGCUGCCCCGGGAAAAACUUAACCCUCCUACACCCAGCAUCUAUCUGGAGAGCAAACGGGAUGCCUUCUCACCAGUGCUGCUGCAGUUUUGUACAGACCCCCGAAAUCCCAUCACAGUGAUCCGGGGCCUGGCAGGCUCCCUGCGGCUCAACUUAGGCCUCUUCUCCACCAAGACGCUGGUGGAGGCUAGUGGCGAGCACACCGUGGAGGUGCGCACACAAGUGCAGCAGCCCUCAGAUGAGAACUGGGACCUGACCGGCACACGACAGAUCUGGCCCUGUGAGAGCUCUCGUUCCCACACCACCAUUGCCAAGUAUGCACAGUACCAGGCCUCUUCCUUCCAGGAGUCAUUACAGGAAGAGAAGGAGAGUGAGGAUGAGGAGUCGGAAGAGCCAGACAGCACCACAGGAACCCCUCCUAGCAGUGCACCAGACCCGAAGAACCAUCACAUCAUCAAAUUUGGCACGAAUAUCGAUCUAUCUGAUGCCAAACGGUGGAAGCCCCAGCUGCAGGAGCUGCUGAAGCUGCCCGCCUUCAUGCGGGUAACAUCCACAGGCAACAUGCUCAGCCACGUGGGCCACACCAUCCUGGGCAUGAAUACCGUACAGCUGUACAUGAAAGUCCCGGGCAGUCGGACUCCAGGCCACCAAGAGAACAACAAUUUCUGCUCAGUCAACAUUAACAUUGGUCCUGGUGACUGCGAAUGGUUCGCAGUGCACGAGCACUACUGGGAGACCAUAAGCGCCUUCUGUGACCGGCAUGGCGUGGACUACUUGACGGGUUCCUGGUGGCCAAUUCUGGAUGACCUCUACGCUUCCAAUAUCCCUGUGUACCGCUUUGUGCAGCGCCCUGGAGACCUUGUGUGGAUUAAUGCAGGGACUGUGCACUGGGUGCAGGCCACCGGCUGGUGCAACAACAUUGCCUGGAAUGUGGGGCCCCUCACCGCCUAUCAGUACCAGCUGGCCCUGGAACGAUAUGAGUGGAACGAGGUGAAGAACGUCAAAUCCAUUGUGCCCAUGAUUCAUGUGUCCUGGAAUGUGGCGCGCACUGUCAAAAUCAGCGACCCCGACUUGUUCAAGAUGAUCAAGUUCUGCCUCCUGCAAUCCAUGAAGCACUGCCAGGUGCAACGUGAGAGCCUGGUGCGAGCAGGGAAGAAGAUAGCUUACCAGGGCCGAGUCAAGGACGAGCCCGCCUACUACUGCAACGAGUGCGAUGUGGAGGUAUUCAACAUCCUGUUCGUGACGAGUGAGAACGGCAGCCGAAACACGUACCUGGUGCACUGCGAGGGCUGUGCGCGCCGCCGCAGCGCGGGCCUACAGGGCGUCGUGGUGCUGGAGCAGUACCGCACUGAGGAGCUGGCUCAGGCCUACGACGCCUUCACGCUGGCCCCCGCCAGCUCGUCGCGAUGAAGCCGGAUGCCCCGCUCGCCCGCCCGCCCCUCUGUAGGGCGCCGCGGGGCCACCAGCACAUGCCUGGGCUGGACCUAGGUCCCGCCUUUGGCCGGGAAGGGGGUUGGGCCCAGCCCUUCCACCCUAUUGGCAGCUCCCCUCACUUAAUUUAUUAAGAAAAAAAAAUUUUUUUAAACAAAUAUGAGGAAAAAAGGAAAAAAAAAUGGGAGACGGGGGAGGGGGCUGGCAGCCCCUUGUCCACCAGCGCCUCCCCUCACCGACUUUGGCCUUUCUAGCAACAGACACAAGGACCAGGCUCCGGCGGCGGCGGGGGUCACAUACGGGUUCCCUCACGCCUGCCAGUCGCCCGCCCGCCCGCUGAUGCACGGGGCUCGUGUAUGUACAUAAACGUUAAGGCAGCCGAGGUUUUUAAUGAGAUUCUUUCUAUGGGCUUUACCCCUCCCCCAGAACCUCCUUUUUUUUUUUUUUUUUUUUACUUCCAAUGCUAGCUGUGACCCCCUGUACAUGUCUGUUUAUUCACUUGGUUAUGAUUUGUAUUUUUUUGUUUGUUUUUGGUUUUUAAUUUAUAACAGUCCCACUCACCUCUAUUUAUUCAUUUUUGGGAAAACCCAACCUCCCGCUACCCCCAAGCCAUCCCACCCGCCCCUCCGGGGACUGCCCGCCCCUGGGCUCUCCCCCCACCCCAAUGUGUGUCCUCCGGGCUCGGCCCGUCGGUCUCCGCCCGCCCGUCCGUCCGUGGCUCCAGCCGGGCUCUCAUGGUGCUCAAACCAGCUCCCCUCCCCUACGUCCUGCACUUUCUCGGACCAGUCCCCCACUCCCGACCUGACCCCAACCCCGCCUGAGGGUGAGCGACUCCUGUACUGUAGGGGAAGAAGUGGGAACUGAAAUGGUAUUUUGUAAAAAAAUAAAUAAAUAAAUAAAUAAAAAAUUUAAAAGUUUUAAAGAAAGAACUAUGAGGAAAAGGAACCCCGUCCUCCCCAGCCCCGGCCAAUUUUUAAAACAAGACCUUCACCUUCACCCCCAUUUUCUUUUUAAGUGUGAAACAGCCCAAGCCCAGGACCUCACUGGGGCUGGGACACCCCAGGACGAGCUUCUCUGGGGCUCUGUUUUUCUUUUCUUGUUUUUUUUUCCCUCCCCGCUGGGGCUGUGGUGGGGUGGGGGGUUUACAGUCCCGCCCCCUCGCACUGCACUGUCUCUCUGCCCUUGGGGCAGAGGGGUCUUCCCAACCCUAUUCCUAUUUUCGGUGAUUUUUUUGUGUGAGAUUAUUAAUAUUAAAAAUAAAAGAAGAAAGAAAA